AUGUCUGACUACGGAGAUCACGAUGCUGAGGAAACCUAUGACUACGAGCCCGCGGAGGAGGUGUUCGACGAGAAUGAGCCCGAAGACUUCAUAAACCCCGAGGAUAUCGAAGGUGCCGAGGAAGGCGCCGAUGGCUAUGUGGAUGAUUCCUAUACGCCGGCAGUCAAUGGUGACCGUAUUGUCGUCUCUGGCGAUCCCAGUGCGGGAUAUUCGGGCAAGGUGGUGGAACAAGCACGGGCGAAGAAAAUCCCCAACGAAGAACGCAAGACAACCCCGUACAUGACCAAAUACGAAAGGGCACGAGUCUUGGGUACCAGAGCUUUGCAGAUCAGUAUGAAUGCUCCCGUGCUUGUAGAUCUUGAGGGAGAGACAGAUCCUUUGCAGAUUGCCAUCAAGGAGCUGAACCAGAAGAAGAUCCCACUCAUUGUGAGGAGAUAUCUGCCAGACGGAACCUACGAGGACUGGACGUGUGAAGAGUUACUCUAG